AUGUCGGCUUUCCUAGGCUACAUCUUCUCCUUCUUCAAGGGCUACGCCGCUCUUGUCGUCGCCCUCUACAUGCUGUCUUUCGUCGUUCCAAAGGCAGCCUUCGCUGCCCGCGUCCUCGCGUCCUACAUCUCGCUGGCAUUGGCGGCUGGAUGGGGCGUCUUCGCUUCCAUCUUCUUGCGCCUCAUCGGCGAGCAGGGCAUCGCGCAAUGGAUGACCGGCCGAGCUUUCAGCUAUCUCAUGGCCCUCACGACAGGCAUCACUUUUGAGAUCAUUGAUCCCAACGACGUCCUCAACACCACCCGUCCCGCCGUCUUCGUCGGCAACCACCAGACCGAGCUUGACGUUCUCAUGCUGGGCGCCAUGUUCCCCAAGUAUUGCAGCGUCACCGCAAAGGCCUCGCUCAAGAAGACGCCCAUCCUCGGUUGGUUCAUGACCCUGAGCGGCUCCAUCUUCAUCGACCGUAAGAACGCCAAGGAUGCCAGGGAUGUCAUGUCUGGUGCUGCCGACCAGAUUCGCAAGAGGAACCAGAGCGUCUACAUGUUCCCCGAGGGCACUCGUAGCUACGCAAAGGACCCCGUGCUGUUGCCCUUCAAGAAGGGCGCCUUCCACCUUGCAAUCCAGGCCGGCGUGCCCAUCGUCCCGUGCGUCGUCGCCAACUAUAGCCACGUCCUCUGGCUCAAGGGUCUCGUCUUCAACUCUGGCAAGAUUCCCGUCAAGGUCCUCGACCCUAUCCCUACCACUGGCCUGACCGCCGCUGAUGUCGACGAGCUCACUCGCAAGACUCGAGACCUGAUGUUGGAAGAGCUCGUUGCCCUAUCUGAGAAGGCCCAGGGCCGACCUAUGAAGGUCGCCCACGAUGUCGCUUCCGCAAAGACCACCGGCACCGACGCCGCCGCUGAUACCGUCUCGACUCUGUGA